AGCAGCCGCGGUGCGUCAUCAAACAAGUGUUAUAAAUCCUCUAUCUACGCCGUCUCUGUUCGUGCGCUAAAACAAAUUAAGAUGUUUGCAACUGGCGUUACGAACGCAAACCCUUCUGAGUUCCCCAGAUCAGUAGGUAAAAAGUGUGUCCCAGCGAUGCAGAUGGAAUGUUGCAUCGAAGGGUGCGAUGCAAAAUACGGUCAAGUUAGCGUUAGCUUCCAUCGGUUCCCAAUAUCCCAGACAUCCCGCGGUGCGCUGCGACGGCAACUGUGGAUCGAAGCAGCCGGUUUGCCAAACAACAAUGCAAUCGUUAAUAAAGCCAUCAUUUGUGGGCAACAUUUCGAAAAAGGAAAACCAUCACACCCAGUUGAAGUCAGCAGCCCGAAUUGGGUCCCUACCUUAAAAUUGAAGACGAAGAAAGCGGUAUCUUUGGUUUCAACCUCUACCGAUUCCAUUGAACCUACAGUUUCAACCGCCAUGGCGAUGAAUACCAUUACUCCUCAAAGACUGCAAGUACCAAGCGUACCAAUAAUGGGGCCACAAAUUAUCCCCAAGGAUUUAUUCUUACCAGCUUAUUGUCGGCUAUGUCUGGCAGAGGACGUGCACAUGGUUUUUCCAAAGGAUGCCAGAGUGUACCAUCAGCUUGCGGAUAAACUCAAAGAAUGUUUAAACUUGGUGAUAUCCAUCGGAGAGCUAACCUAUUCGUUGAUCUGCAAGAAAUGCUACGAAAGCCUGGAACAGUUGCACCAGUUUCGGACUCGUUGUGCUCGUCAGAAUAUCUAUCUCAACAUGCGAAAAUCGUUGGAACCGGAUCGUAAACAACCACUUCGGUACAAGGACAAUUGGUACUGGUACUCUUGUCUUGGCAACGGUAUGAACUCCAUAAUUUGGGGUUGCAGUGUGGUGUGCUGCCCGGCGUUCAUCGUUAGUCAUCCUAGUGGAAAAAUUUGUUCCAAGUAUGCGAACCAUCAACACAAGCAGAAGAUGGAAGAUGUCAAGUCGGUAUACUGCCAUGGCGAGUACAUCUUCGAUGGUUAUCGGUAUAGCUUCGAGAUUAUCAAUUCGAAUAGAACGCUGACGUUCAUUUGUAGAAGCUUGCAUGAUCCUCAUAGGACUUGCCCGGCAGUUUUGAUCACCAACGAUCGCAGUGAAGUCUUAUCCGUUCGCAGCGUGCACAAUCAUAAGCGUGAAAUCAUUAUAGAAUCGGCGGUGAAAGACGGGUCAGAUGGUGCGAAAAGAUCGAUUACGUUAAUUCGCGGUAUCAGUCAAGAGAUUGUGUUCUGCCAAGGAUUCUGGUACACAACGGUUUCGGAGCAGAGUAAUAUCUCUCACUGGAGUUGCAUUAGACAUGAUUGUAGCAGCACGAUCGCCAUGGUAAACGGUAUAGUGAAGUUCUUUGGAGCACACACGCACUUACCGGUUUUAUUGAAAUGGGGUGCUGAAGAAGACAAAACGAUGGAACCCAAAGGUCCAACUCUGAUGAAGGUGGUGAAUCCAUCGUCCUCUAAAUCUGUGCAAGUCCGAGCGGUUCCUCCCGUAGCUUCCAGAGAGUCCACAACCAUUGUUCACUCUAGGCAUUCCGGGAUUCUAAGCACAGCGAGAAUAUGCGAAUCCGAUGGAAAAGGGUUACCCAAUGAGAUUAUUAAUCCGCAGUCAGCAGUCGAAGAUGAGCCCCUGUUGAGUACGAUAAAGGUAGAGCCGACAAACGAUUCUACAAAUCCAUUUGGUUCAACUCCAAUAGUGAGAACUCCUGCUCCUAUCAGCUCACUGCCUAAUCAACCACUAAUAAUUUCAGCUGCGGCUAUGGCUCCGAAAGCAACACAUAUCCCUAAAGUUUUUGUAAGAUCCAAUCACCCUAUUCAAGUGGUAAAACGAACGAGUGCUACAACGGUACGAGUUGUCCCCCCACCACUCCAGAAGCAACCUGCUCCCCAAGUAGUGACUCCAAAACCAUCCGUCCCCGUCUCAGAGCCACUUAUUCCCAAAAUUGUGCACGUCAUGUCACUAAAUUUGAAUCAUAGCUCCAACCAGCCAAAGCAGACUGUCCCAGAGCUGCCCGUUCCGCAACUUAUGGCGGAACCCGAAUUGGAUGAUUCGCAGCAAGUCAUAAAACAAGAGCCACUGGACGAACCGGAAACCAUUACAGAUGAAAUCCGACCUACGAUGGUAACGUCAGCCCCGGGUACGGAUGUUAUGCGGAGGGAAGAGCUACCCAAACCUCCACCGCUCACACCGAGGCCAAUGUUGUUGGUAUCGUCGGCAUCAGUGUUCUCCGAUAAUACGUUGAGCGUUACAACCCUUGAUCCAGCGAGCAACGACGCCAGCUUCGAAAAUGGCGGUUCUUCCCAGGAAACGGUGUCUGCCGAUGAGGAAGAGGAUUGCCUAAACGAUCUUCAAGAUGAUGAAGACAUUCCACCGAUUGUUCCCAUCGAUGCGGAUUUGGAACAGAGAAUCGUCGGAAACCAAUAUUCCACCCGAGUACUUCCGAACGGCAAAACGCAAGUGGUACGUAAGGUAAUUCUUUCCCGAGGCUCCACUACGAUAUGGACCGGAAAUCCACGGGUGGUUCACACUACUCAAACUGGUCAGUCUCGGUUCAUAAAGCCUGGACAUGACGGUAAAUCCACCGUGGCUAAAGCAUCUGGCACUGCAGCGAUAAGUGACGAUUUGCUGACCGUUUCUUUAAAUAGAGCUAAAACUACUAGAAUGUACGGUCGAUCUUCCGGCGCACAAAAGAGGUUCAACGAAGUUGGCGAGCUUAAGAAUAACACCACCAUAAAGAAAACGAAGACUAAUGAACCCUUGGCUCCAUUAGAAACGACAAUUGUGGAUACAGAGAAAUAUAUAGAACCCGAUGGACUUGAUCAGGAGCAAUCUCCUGCGGAAGAUCCCAUUGCGGUGGCGAUUGAGCCACAUCAAAACGUACAAAGUGAUGAUGGCGAUGAUGAUGAUGAUUAUGAUGAUGAUGAAAAAGAAGAAACAGAGAAUCGAUCUUCAACUAGCCAGAAAACUAACAUCGACAGCGAAAAUAGCGCUAAUGCGGAAACCUUGGUCAGCACAAGAACCAGUACCGAAAAACCUGCAAAACAAAUAGCUGGCUCCCCUGUGCCAGAGCAAACGGCUUCCUUGCAACCGCAAGCUUCUUCAGAUCCUUCAUUGAACCGAUCCGACAAGAAGACCCACUCGAAAACGGUUCAACUGGUCAAGCUGCAGAAAACCGAACAGAUGCUGAGUCACGAGGGCCAUCUGUAUAAAAUCAAAUGGCACAAUCGUCGUCGGGUUUACUGGGACUGCAUGCUAAGGGAACAGGUUAACUGUAUGGCCAUUCUGGAAACGCAUUCAAAUAACUGCCGCUUCUGGAACAAGAUUGGUUCCCACAAUCACAAGGUUCCGAAACCUAUUAUCAACGAUGAUAAUCGCGGAAGGUAUCAGAUGCUCACGAGCGAUACCGGUGCUGCCAAUGUGAAAAAUUUGCCCGGUCAAACGCUGCAGAUUAAUGAUAUUGAAGAGCAGGAGGGCCGGAUGAUGAAUUUGGCGAUGCGUAAAAUGUUCAACUUCAAGAUCCGAAAGGUUGACCAGUCUUUGCCGACGCUGUACUUUGCCAACUACGAGUACGAAUUUAGAAAUGUUGUCGAUCCUGGAUUUAGAUGGAAGUGUACCACGUGCAACAAUGUACUUGAAACUGAUGAAAAGUUUACCAUUGCCCAAGAACAGGGUUCAAUACCCCACGACCACGAACCGGAAGUGACCGUCAUUAAUUUGGUUGAUGAGGGAACGUUGGUUGAAGCUGGUAACUCCAAAACGGCAGAUGAAUCGAAGUCCAGUAGCAGUAGCCAGCAGCAAUUGCCGCAGCAGACACCAGCUGACGUUGACGAAACGAGCUCCAGUGAUCAAAACAAGACAGUUGAUUCGACCAAACAAACUAUCCCGGAACAAGAAGAUAACGCUAAAUCCGAUGAACCAUCAUUUGGUCCAAAUUUGCCAACCUCAAAGCCUGACAGUGAUGCAGAAGAUGAUCAUCGUCCAAAUAGCGAGAUGUUGUUAGAUAGCUUCACUGGCGAGUUGAAGAAGAGAGCAGAACUUAGAGAAGAUGGUUCCGACGACGAGGAGAUGGUGCUAGAUCCAUCCACUGGGGAGUUAUGCAAGAGGGGAGAUUUGAAGCGAAAAGAAUAUAGAAAAGCAAUAUUGGAAGAUAUUGUGGCAGAUGAUGACGAUGACGAAGCUGAAUAUCUGGACCCGUUGACUGGCAAAUUGCGGCGAAGGGGUGAUAAAUCGCUUUCUGAAGACGAACCCCUCGACGAUGAGGGGGACACUGAAGUGGAUGAAAGCACUCCACAAUCUGAAACCCGAAAUAUGCCCAACGAAGAUUUCGAAGAAUUACUCAACCCCGAUCCGAAGGACUCAGCCGAAGCAAAGAAAUCGAAAAGACCUAAGAAAAAUUCAUUGGCAGCGCUGAAGCUGAUUCUGACACUUCACAAACAGCUGAGGAAGCCUGAUUCGGAGCGCAACUUUGAAGUGCUGCCCUCAACGGACAAUGCGACGUGCCUAAUCCGGUUCAAUGAGUUCACCUACGAGCUGGACACGAUACAGGGUAGCUUCUCCGUUUGGAAGUGCCAUCUAUCGCCACAGUACGCGUGCCGUGGGAAAGUUCAUCUCAGUACGAACUGCAGGCAAAUUUCGGUAAGCGGCGUCAACCACUGCCACGUACCAACGUUGAAGGACAUGUUCAUUGAUCGAUCCAAUCAAGAAGGCGGUCAGAUCAAAGACACCGAUCAGGACAACACCCGAGAGUACACAUUCUUCAAACGGUCGGACCACGCGUAUCAGUUGAAGUUGGACGACGGGUAUCUGUACAAUUGUAUAACGAUAUCCAAGACCGGAGUCAGUUGCUGGCGGUGUGCUUCUCGGCAGAGCUGUAAUUGCAAAGCCAUCAUCACGAUGGAGGGCGAUUUUGAAUCAAUGGCGAGAAAUAGAUUUAAUCACAGUCACGAUCCUGUGCCGUUGGAUGGAGCUGCUGUUGAUGCUGGCACUGCUGGGGGAGACGAUGCUGAGGAAAAGGAUAGUUCGUUUGAUUCUCAGGUUGCUCCGGCUAAACGGACGAAUAAGAAUGAAAACGAAGACGACAGGAAGAAGCGGAAACGACAGACGCUUUAGUCCGGCUGCAGAUUUUUAUUAACGUUAACCUACUAAGUUUUAUUUUAAGAAACGAUUGUUAUAAGUACC